ACAUUCUGUAACUGUCAGAAAUAUGCCAGUCGCCAAUGAGCGCCACAACAGGCAUCACCUUCAUAAUUUAUAAAUUUUAUAUUAAACCCUUUUUCAUAAAAUACUUGUUUAUCAAUUAAAAGUUUAUCUAUUUUUACUAAAAAAAAAAAAAUUCAAGUGUAAAAAAAUAUUUUUAUAAUUUAAAAUUUAUUUUUUGUGAUUUUUAAAAUAAAAAGAUAAUUGUAAUUGUGUUUAAUGGAUAUUGUUUUUAAUUUUUUAUAGUCAAGUCACGGAGACUCGCAUGAACGAAGCCAAUUGAUGCUCAUGAUUGGUGACUAGCAUCAUCGAAACCAAUCGAAACUAUGGAGGUGAUUUCGACGCGCAGAUACGAAGCUCGACCACCAGCUAACUCCGUUCAUCCGGGACUUAUCUUUGAUCCACAAAAUUCAAUAGCAACAAUCAAAGAAGAAGAAUGGGAAACACGAAAAAAAAAAGAAAUAACGACAACACGACAAAUUGAAACGAGAGUUAAAAGACAAGUUGUACUUGAAGAUGGUGAAGUUGUCAAAGAUUCUGGUCCUCUUGUCACCACAAAUACCACUGAAGAUGUUGAGCAACAAGAGCACACAACUCAAGAGAGAAAAACAAAUGGUGAUGAUCCAAAGGAAAUUGAAUGGCCAAUUGAUGGAAAAGAAUCUGGUGGUAUUGUGGUGCAAAAAGAACUCAAUGAAACAGUCAUUAGAUCUCGUGAAGAAACUGAAGAGUUACUUGAAACUGAAGAUCGUCGUCAACUUGGUGACAUCACCGAUGAGGCAUACCAACAAGCAAUUAAAAAUAAUCGCGGUGAUAUAAGAAUAUCACUGGCUGAAUCAUCAAAACAAUUGGCUGUUAAAACAGGACCAAGAGUUUUACAGCAUACAACAAAAUCCAACAAAGUCAUUGACACGGAAAAAACCUUGGAACGUAAAGAACUCAAGCCUGAUGGUCAAAUUGUAACUGAAACAAAAAAAACUGUUGAACACGAGGAGAUUAGAGACGUACCAGCUGAUGAAAAUGCAAUUAACAAUGAUGAUACAUCAGAAACUAAAAAAGAAUCAUCACAAAGAUUUUUAAAAAAACGUGAAGAAGACGUUGUUGAUUAUAUAUCAGGUGGUGAAAAAAUUGCACGUGAAAUGCGAUAUGUAUCUGAGAUAACUGAAGGUGAACGUAUUGGUGAUUGGCCACCACCACCAGAUACAAUGAGAACAGUUCGACUUCCAAAGCCAGCUGGUUUACCAAGUGAUACAAAUCCAAUGAAUAGAAAAGAUGCAUUGACUAAAAAACCCCUUGAUCCAGAAGAAGAAGAUGAAGCUAGAAAAUUUGAAACAUCAAAAUGGCUAGAGAAUCAUUUUGGUAGUGAAUCAAGAUCAUCACAUAGUUCUGAUCAUGAUAAUGUACAAUCAUCACCAAUUCAAACAGCAACUAACACAAGUUUUAUUAAUGUUACUAUGAAAUCAUGUACACCACGUGAUCGUGAUUAUAAAAAUCCAAGUAAUAAUAAUAAUAAUCAUAAUCAUCAUCAACAACAACAACAACAGCAACAACAACAGCGUAAAAUAUCUGCUCGAGAAUCGGGAUCGCCUUCGGGUUACUUUCACGGUAUCAGUGAAUGGUCGGAGAGAUUUCAAGGAUCAGACAAUUUAAAUGGUACAAUUCCGGCAAAUUCAUCGAAACAUUAUGUUGUUGAAACAUCAAGAACAAAUGGUAGUUUAUCAAGAAAAGAAAAUCCAAGAAAUCAUGGUGAUAAUGUUAGACAACAAAAAGAUACAACGACAUAUACAAAAAAUUAUGAGACAACAUUACGUAAAAAUCAUGAGUCACAUAAUCAACGUACAAGUCCACCAUCACCACCAGUUAGAAGAAGACUUCGUGAACAGGUAACAACAACAAGGUUGGAAGAAAAAAAUUCCUAUCCAGAAAUACGUGGUUCAAGUCCAGUUAAUGUUGUUCAACGUACAUGGGAAAAUCGUAGUCGUGAAAAACCAGAUAAUAAUCGUCAUGAAAAAAUUGAAAUACGACAUUAUAGUCCAGUUAAAUCACGUUCACCAUCACCAGUUAUUUUAAAAACCCAAGCACCACCACCAGUAAGACGUGAUAAAAAAAAAUCAACAAUUGAUAAAUCAAACCAACGUAAAACAAGAUCUCAAUCACCAAUUGAACAAACAAAAUCAAAAAUUGGUGAAUCAUUUCGUAAAUUAGUUGGUAAAUUACGUUCAGUAUCAUCAGAAAGAAAAAAUGGUAAUAAAAAAAAUGGUAGUAGUUCAGUAUCACAGCUAACACAAACAGAUGAUGAUUCAACUUAUUUACAAUACAAUGUUAUUGAUAAAAAUAUACCAGAAAUUAUUGGUGAUGAUGAAGUUGACAUGAAUAAACCACCAGAAAGACCACCAAGAUCAUCAAAUAGCCCAGUGACAAAAACAAUCAAGGUCACUAGAACAAAUGGCAGUUCAUCAAAUGAUCAGUAUAAAUCAAGAAAUGGUAACAGUACACCACACAGAUAUUACAUAAGUGAAGAAUCAUAUUCAUCAUCAAAAAGUCCAUAUGAUACACGAAUAAAUGAUCAACGUAAUCAUUAUAAAUCAUCACGUAAUAAUAUUGAUCAUGAUAGUGUUAAUGAAUCAAGUACACUUGAUAGAUUUAGUAAAUCAACAAGUCGUUUAAUAAAUGGUAAUGAUAAUAAAUAUUAUUCAACAACACAAACACUACCUAAAAAACUUAAUUAUAAAAAUAAUACAAUGUCAAUACAAUCAUCAAAUCAUCAUCCAACAAUAACAACAACAACAAAUCAUACAAAACAAAUACAAACACCAAUAACAUCAAAAUCAAAUCAAUCAAGACACUACAACAGUAUGAUUAAUAUAUCAAUUAAAAAUUCUGUAACAUCACCAACAUUAAAAAAUAUAAAAAAUAUAAAAAAUAAUAAUAAUCAUUUACAAAAUAGUAAUAAUAAAUUACAAAAUUAUAAAAAUUCAAAUAGUUCUGGUAAUUCGUCAAUUCAAAGUACAUUAUAUUCAACAGUUAAACAUGAUAAUAAUUAUAAAACAUCAUUAUUACGUAGUAAAAGUUUCAAUGUCGAGGCAAAUAAUAAUAAUAAUAAUAUUAAUAAUAAAAAUAUUAAUGGUGAUAACACCCACAGAAUUCCAUACAAGUCAAAUACACAGUUGAAUAGAUUGGACGAAACGCCUCCACUAAAAAGUCCUGGAAUUCUUGCUAGUAUAAGUCGAAGUAAUCGAGACCUCUUUAGGCAUGAUUAUUAUUAAAAAUAAAAUUAAGAUUUUUUUUUUUUCAUUAAAAAAUUUAAUUUUUUUAAUGAUGUAAAUAAAAAUAAUUUACUCAGGC